AUGGCCACUGUUGCGGGAAAGGUGUUCACAAUUACCGGCGGAGCUUCCGGCAUGGGAGCAGCCACUGCACGCUUACUUGCGGAGCGGGGGGCGAGAGCUAUCGCAGUUGCGGAUGUCUCUUCAAAGGGAUUUCCAGAUUUGAAGCAUUCAAUUGCGAAAAUAAACCCGUCUACAGAGCUGCAAUUUACUGAACUCAAUGUGACCAACCCCGCUGCCGUGAAUCAAUGGGUCGAGGACGUGGUCGCUAAAUUUGGUGAUAUUCACGGCUCAGCCAAUAUUGCAGGAAUCCCCCAAGCAUUAGGCGUUCGCCAGGCACCCGCCAUUCUAGAAGAAUCCAAUGAGGCAUGGAAUCGUGUGAUGGACGUAAACUUGAAUGGAGUGUUCUAUUGCACUAAAGCUGAAGUGAAGGCAAUGAAAGAUCUAGCCCCUGGCAAGCGUUCCGUUGUAAACGUGGCCAGUAUUGCUGCUAGACAGCAUAUAGGUGAUGUCUAUGCCUACAACGUUUCUAAGGUAGCUUGUUCGCACUUCAGUGCCAGUGUGGCUAAGGAUACAAAGCCUUUUGGAAUUCGAGUCAAUGCUGUUCUUCCAGGAGCAACCACCACUCCGAUGCUCAAGAAAUUUAUCACCCACACUAAAACUGAGGAAGAAUUUGAGAAGGCCUGGAAAGACUGGGGUUUGGAUCUCAUAUCUGCGGAAGAUGUGGCCCGCUCGAUAGUCUGGCUUUUAAGUGAGGAUUCACAUCCCGUCUAUGGGGCGGAAAUCAAUGUUGGCACUGGACUACCAUGA